CGCAGCUAUAAACAGCAGUGUAUCCACCACAAUCUCUCCCUCAACACUUCCAGUACCGGUCCUGAUUUUGGAGUUUACAAUGUCUCGUUCCAGAUCCCAAUGGGAUACGGGCGAGCCCAUGGAACUUGAUCUUCCAUACCGCCCAGCUUGCAGUCCAAAUAUCACGUCUACUGACUCCUCAGAUACAAAUUGUAUACGCCAAAAUGUCUAUAUACACCCAGAGAGGUCAGCACUGAUGCAAGAUGACUCUUCUUUUUCCCAUACAGAGGUGGAUCCACGUGACCUGGACUUCCGAUUUAGGCCUAGCGUGGAAUCAAGCAACCUCGCUCUUUCCAGCUCCAGGUCCAGGUCCAAAUACAUUCGCAGAACCCGUCACAAAUCACCACCACGCAGGCGCUCUGACCGUUACGAAGAGCCUCGCAUAUACACUUACGACUCUUAUAUACCGAGCUAUCGUCGUCGCCGUAUAUCUGAUUCGAGCGAUCACAGUCGCUCGCGACGCGACCAUCUAACCACAAAUACUGACCCUCUUCCAUCACAAUUCGCACAGAGAGCUGAAUCGCCACUCGUAGUAGCCAUGGCAGACCUGGAUAUGAGAGCUGAUGACCGAGAUGACAGGCGAGAUCGAGGACGGUAUAAUCGUGACAAUCGGGGAGGAAAUAACAAGCGACGUCGCGAUGACGAAGAUGACCACCACUAUACCCCCCGCGAUGAUCGGCGCGUCUCCCAGCGUCGCCGCCGUGACGAUCCCCGCGACGGACACCGUCGUGGCCGAUACGAAGAGCCACCUUUCCCGAAGCUUCGUCGUAUGAUCAUCAACAUCGCUAGCACUGCUAAGCUACCAGAAGAUGAAUCAAUCGAAAUCGCGCGACUGCUCCGUGACAACUUCGACGAUGACGAUGUCCGAAACCAGUUCUUUGACGUAUUCACACAGCUAAUCAUCGACCAACCUUUCAAGAUCCCAUUUGUUGCCGCUGUUGCCUUUUAUGGCAAUCAGAUCAAAGCUGAGAUCACCGUAGAAGCCAUGAAGCGUGUAGGCGCCCGCUUACAAGAUGCGCUUGCCGCUGGACAAUGGAGGGAAUUCAAACUCCUUCUCCGAUUCUUUGCUUGCUUGCAGCCGAUCUUUGAAGAAGACGGAAUCUUUUCGCUGCUGGGUCAAUUGUUCGAUACAGUUGUCGAUCUACAAAGUGCCAACGAAAACGAUGUUGUUGGUAUUGAGCUAGUCAAAACCAUCCUUCUGACCAUGCCAUAUGCGAUUGCCUCUGGUGGAAGUCGAUUCCAUGAGAAGGCUAACGAAUUGCUCAAUAGCACUGGAAUCGUAGCCGGCAAUACACUGUCUGUCGAAGGUUUUAUACACCCAUACGACGAUGAACUCGAGGAAACUGUGAUCAACUACCACAGCGUCAUUGGCCUGCUUCAGCAGCAGCUUACGUCUGAGUCUCAAUCCGGGUGGAAGCUUGCUUGUAUUCCCAAGUUCCAUGUGGAUGCUCUGCAACGGACCAAUCCUGAGGAGACACUAUCAACCGCACCAGCCACCCAUGUGUUUCCGACAUUUACGAUUCCUUCGCCAGUGAACCCUGGCCCGAAACCUCUCUUUCCUGAGGCGUAUUUCUCGCUUUUUGCGAAUUCAGAGUCCAGCACCGUGCCCGCGCUUACCGACAUUGCAGCUUCUCUCAUUAGAGAUGCCAUUGUCGAUACCAUCGACCAGCUCGAUUUCAACCGUGAGGUCGUUGCCAAGUUUCUCGUGGAUCUCGACUGCUACUGGUCCCACGGCACAUUUGCCAACCGCGGAAUUGCUCUGGACAAGUUUGUUCAAGAAUUUGGUACUGACAAAAAGACAUACAAGUCCGAGGAUAUGGCCAUCGAUGCCAUCUUCUCGCUGCUGUUCAAGCUACCUACUUCGGAGCACAAGCUUGUUUACUACCACUCACUGAUCACACAGUGCUGUAAGGCGGCGCCUGCUGCCAUCGCACCCUCGCUUGGACGGGCUAUUCGAACCAUCUACAAGAACCUGCACGCGAUGGAUCUUGAACUGGGCCAUCGAUUUCUUGAUUGGUUCUCUCACCAUCUGAGCAAUUUCGAAUUCCGAUGGCGAUGGGCUGAAUGGAUCGAUGAUCUCAAGCUUUCAAAACUAGAGCCUAAGAAAGCAUUCAUUAUUGCAGCUCUUGAUAAGGAAAUCAGGCUCUCCUUUGCAAAACGUGUUCGCCAGACUCUGCCCGAGGAAUUUAGCCAAUUGAUUCCUGUGCGCUUAGAUGAGGACAUCAGCCCAGAAUUCAAAUACGAGAAGUCUGAAACACCAUAUGCUGCCGAAGGUCAGAUGCUUCUUCAGCAGCUUCGUAAGAAGGCCACGCAUGAGCAGGUUCAAGAAACAAUCGACAAGAUUCACUCGCAAGCAGAGGAGCAAGGCAUCACUGACGUUCUUGUGCCAUCAACCGAUGCUUUCGUCACCGCUAUCUGUCGAUUGGGCGCAAAAUCUCUAUCUCACUUUCUCUCAUGUGUGGAGCGAGGUAGAGAGCGUCUUCUCAAUAUCGCUCAAGAAUCUGAAUCUGCCCGGCGUCAGAUUGUGACCAGUGUUGUCGAGUACUGGAAGGACCAGCCGGGUAUCGCAGUCCGCAUCGUUGAUCUGCUUCUCAAUUACACCAUUUUGGCACCAAUGACGGUCAUCCAAUGGGUGUUUGGGGAGCACAUGGGAGCCGGCGAAGCACUCACAGAAAGCUGGGUGUUCGAAAUGGUCUCCAACACGGUGACUAAGGUCACGAACAGGAACCGUCAAAUCGCUUCUGCUCGCCUGCAGAAAGGCCUUCCGGCGGAGCAGGUCGAAAUGGUCGACGCCACCCUUACCAAAGAUCGAGACAAUGCGCGCGAGCUCUUCAAGUACAUCGCAGAUGCCUGUCAGGGUUUGUCUGAGGGCGCGGCCGACGGACUCAUUGAAAAGGAGACGAGUGGCGCGCUGUCCGCUGAAGAUGGACAGCUCAUUCGUGCUUGGGGAAAACGAUGGAACAUGGUGUUCAUCCGCAAAUCGGCGAUUGAAGAGUCUGUGGUUGGAGAGCAAGCCGUCGAAGCGAAGAUCAAGUUUCUGGCCGCACAACCUGAGCCAGAGAUUGUGGAACUUGCUAAGGUUGACGACACCAACGGUGCUGCCGCGGAGAAUGGCGAUAGCAUGGUGGAGUAG